AUUGGAGGAGUUGUUGUUAGGUGGUCCAGGAGAACCGGUCGGGGAGGGAGAAAGCUAGCAAGAUGGUGUUAGAAAGCACCAUGGUUUGUGUGGACAACAGUGAGUAUAUGCGGAAUGGGGACUUCUUGCCUACCCGGCUGCAGGCUCAACAGGAUGCCGUCAACAUAGUCUGUCACUCGAAGACCCGCAGCAACCCUGAGAACAACGUGGGCCUCAUCACCCUGGCCAAUGACUGUGAAGUGCUGACCACACUCACCCCUGACACCGGCCGCAUCCUGUCUAAGCUCCACACUGUCCAACCCAAGGGCAAGAUCACGUUCUGCACUGGCAUCCGCGUGGCCCAUCUGGCCCUGAAGCACCGGCAGGGCAAGAAUCACAAGAUGCGUAUCAUUGCCUUCGUGGGAAGCCCUGUGGAGGACAAUGAGAAAGAUCUGGUGAAAUUGGCUAAACGCCUCAAGAAGGAGAAAGUAAAUGUUGACAUUAUCAAUUUUGGGGAAGAGGAGGUGAACACAGAAAAGCUGACUGCCUUCGUAAACACAUUGAAUGGCAAAGAUGGAACCGGUUCUCAUCUGGUGACAGUGCCUCCUGGGCCCAGCUUGGCUGAUGCCCUCAUCAGUUCUCCGAUUCUGGCUGGGGAAGGUGGUGCCAUGCUGGGUCUUGGUGCCAGUGACUUUGAAUUUGGAGUGGAUCCCAGUGCUGAUCCUGAGCUGGCCCUGGCCCUGCGUGUUUCUAUGGAAGAGCAGCGGCAGCGGCAGGAGGAGGAGGCGAGGCGGGCAGCUGCCGCCUCUGCCGCGGAGGCGGGGAUUGCUACGACUGGGACUGAAGACUCCGACGAUGCCCUGCUGAAGAUGACCAUCAGCCAGCAGGAGUUUGGCCGCACCGGGCUCCCUGACCUAAGCAGUAUGACCGAGGAAGAACAGAUUGCUUAUGCCAUGCAGAUGUCCCUGCAGGGCGCAGAGUUCGGCCAGGCAGAAUCCGCUGACAUUGACGCCAAUUCAGCCAUGGACACAUCUGAGCCUGCCAAGGAGGAGGAUGAUUAUGACGUGAUGCAGGACCCCGAGUUCCUUCAGAGUGUCCUUGAGAACCUUCCAGGCGUGGAUCCCAACAAUGAGGCCAUUCGAAAUGCCAUGGGCUCCCUGGCCUCACAGGCUACCAAGGAUGGCAAGAAGGACAAGAAGGAGGAGGACAAGAAGUGAGACUGGAGGGAAAGGGGAGCUGAGCCUGUUCGUGGGGCUGCCUUGUAGGGUGGGGUGGGAUAUGGGGUUUAGAUGUGUUAUCUGUAACCGCUGCACCUAAAUAAAGCUUGGCAACUUUU